ACAAUAAGCAUCAACCAAACUCUUAAAUCCCAAUCGGUGAAGGGAUUUGUCCUAUGAACGAAAGAGAAGAACGAAAACAAUUAUUGUGACACAAUUCUAAUCAUUGGCCCUUUCUGUGCUACAUUUCAUGUCAUACUUGAAUUGGGGUUUGAAUUUUGGAAGAUGGAGUUGCUGGGUAUCGAUCACUGUACCUCUCGCAUGCUACGCCAGUGCUCUACCAUCUGAGCUGCACCCAAUAGCGGGUAAAAUGAUCUUUUCAUUCAAAUUAGCUACAAUAUUUAAAUAAUUGCAGAGAGUGGCAUGUUCUGCACCCAGUAAGAUUUUGACGCUCGAAACUGCCCGCGUAGCCGUUGAUAACCACCACCAUUCGGAUAAGAAACAACAGAAAAGAAAAGAAGACAAACGCAGAGCGCCAGCUUUCUGCAACAAAGGAAAUAAGUGACAUACAAUGGCAAUGUCCAAUCUUCAAGUGAGCGACUGCUCCAACCUUAAACCUUCCUUAACUUCUCUCUUCAAUCCCCGCCUUCUCCACCGCCCCCAAGCGCAACCCCACCCGCGUUUCAUCUCCAAAGCUUCUCUCCACCAACCCCACCUCUCGUCUUCUUCUUCUUCGCCAACACUCGUCAACCGAAGGCAACUUAUAUCGCAAACGGCGUCACUUUCGCUGUCGGUUGCAACUCUCUCAGCUCUCCAACUACCAGCCAAGUCCCAGGAAGUUUUGUCGGAAUGGGAAAGAGUCUACCUUCCCAUCGAUGCCGGUGUUGUCCUUCUAGACAUUGCGUUUGUCCCAGAUGACCCAAACCACGGAUUCUUGCUGGGGACAAGGCAGACUAUUUUGGAGACAAAAGAUGGGGGAAAUACAUGGGUUCCACGUUCAAUUCCUUCAGCUGAGGAUGAAGAUUUCAACUACAGGUUUAACUCUAUUAGCUUCAAAGGGAAAGAAGGUUGGAUCGUCGGGAAACCCGCAAUUUUGUUGUACACUUCAGAUGCUGGAGAAAGCUGGGAAAGAAUUCCAUUAAGUGCUCAACUUCCUGGAGAUAUGGUAUAUAUAAAGGCAACUGAUGAAAAGAGUGCAGAAAUGGUAACUGACCAAGGUGCAAUAUAUGUUACAUCAAACAGGGGCUAUAACUGGAGAGCUGCUGUUCAGGAGACCGUCUCAGCUACUCUGAAUAGAACAGUUUCUAGUGGUAUUAGUGGGGCAAGUUAUUAUACUGGAACUUUUAACACUGUCAAUCGCUCUCCAGAUGGACGAUAUGUGGCUGUCUCAAGCCGUGGUAACUUUUAUCUUACAUGGGAGCCUGGGCAGGAAAAAAUAACAGGAGAAUGCUUGCUCAUAACCAAUAUUAUUGAAGUUGAAACAUUAUUGCUAUCAGUCAUGCUGCUAUAUAUUAUCAGUGGCAUCGUGGAUCCCAUUGCAUCAUCUUUUUAUUUUCCUGCAUAUAUGAGUACAACGGACUCUUCAUUGCCAUUCUGGCAACCACAUAAUAGAGCUGUUGCCAGAAGAAUACAGAACAUGGGAUGGAGAGCUGAUGGUGGUCUUUGGCUUCUUGUCCGUGGAGGAGGACUCUUUCUUAGCAAAGGCACUGGGAUAACAGAAGAUUUUGAAGAAAUUCCUGUACAAAGUCGUGGUUUUGGCAUUCUUGACGUUGGUUAUCGAUCGAUGGAAGAGGCUUGGGCAGCUGGGGGUAGUGGGGUUUUGCUGAGAACUACCAAUGGUGGGAAGAGUUGGACCCGUGAUAAGGCAGCUGAUAAUAUUGCUGCAAAUCUAUACUCAGUGAAGUUUAUUGAUGACAAGAAGGGAUUUGUACUGGGUAAUGAUGGUGUCUUGCUCCGGUAUCUUGGAUAAUGCUGUAAUGUAUACAUGGUAAUCAAUUGAAAUUUAUUUACCUUUGAACAUUUCUUUCCAUAUCUGUGUAUGGCAAAUGGCAAAGAUUCAUAUGGAAAUGUUUCCCUUGGGGAAUGAACUCACAUGUUCAUGGUAAACACGUUUUUUGCUAUGGAAAACGUGGGAAUUGGCAUCAAACUGAUGGCAUUCGUAUUUGGGCAGGUAUUCAAUGAUGCUUGCAAUUUUGUAAUAGCUGAUAUACACUACUCUCUUGGUGGUGAUAUUAAGAGGGACAAAUUCGGUCAAUGUGAUUCUGUUCUUUUCUUUAU